AGAAAGUGUUGUGUACAUAAUUGUAAAGAUCAAUUUUUACCAAGACAUCGUUUUCCUAACCCCAAACAUUAUUCUGAACUUUUCAAAAGGUGGCUUAUGAUACUUAGACCGCGGAAUUACAUUAAUUAUACCGAUUUCGAGAUAUAUAUAUAUAAUACAUUUAGAGUGUGUGAAAGACAUUUUGAAGCCCACAACAUCAUUGCCGGAUCUCGAAGAGGACUAAAGUAUACAGCCAUUCCCACUUUAUAUUUAGAAGAAAUACCCUGUUCAUCCAAACAAGCAGAUGAAAUAUUGAGUUGCAGCCAGUUAAAUGUUGAACAAUUUAAUCUACAAGUCCCAGAAGAUGAAUCUCAUAAGAGUAAGCAGGAAAUGGAAGCAGAAUAUGGGAUAGAAAUAUCAGGUUCAUCGGAACAAUUCAACCAGGAAGCCCCAGAAGAUACUUUGAACAAAAGGACACAGCCAAUGGAAGUGAAUUCUGUGAGAGUGAUAAAGAAACGAAGAUUAUCUUUAUUGAAAGAUGUCGGAGUGACUCGAUCCUCUCAACUUGACCCAAGGGCCAACCUGCUCUACAAAAAGUUGACCACCUGGAGUGUGAAGAUGGCAAGGAUGGCUAGGAAAAUAACCUCCUAUAAAAUUCGUUUACAAAAGCACAAUUAUGCAAUUCUGAAGGAUUUCAGAAGAUAA